AUGGACGAAUCGUCGUCGUCCGUCGAAACGAGCAAUGUCGGCGGGGGUAGUGGUGAGGGCCAAACCACCACCAUUCAAUCACUUCCGACCGAGGUGCUGACGGCAAUCUUCCACAACCUGCGAGUGCCUGACCUGGCCUCGGUGCGGCAAACGUGCACGCACUGGUACGAAAUUGUGAUCAACAACCGUGCGCUUAUGAAUCGCUUCGUCCUUUCGCUAAGGAACACCCGGAUAGACAACACCUGCGAGCAGUGCUUGGUGCUGACGUACACACGCAGUACAUUCGAAAAGGUGUGCCUGAAGUCUUGCUACAUCAGCCCAGCGGCGCAGAUGUGGCGCACCAUCGGGAGCCACAUAGUAGAGCUGACACUGAACGACUGCACAAUUAGCACGGAAACGCUGAUCGGACUGUUGCGAGGGACGCGAGAAAGCCUGCGAACGUUGACGAUCAAAUCGACCAAAUUCAACGAACACCGGUUCUACAACGUGCCGCUAGACUUUCGCCUGGAGCGACUCCAUUCGCUUACCAUCCGGUCCUCGUUCGUGUUCGAUACGUUAUUUCAGCUGUUUAAACGCAUCUGCCCAAACCUUAAAGCGAUCAAGCUCACAUUUUCGUCGUUCGAGCACUGGGGCGAACAGCUGGUGGAUUUCGUGGCCACGCUGCGGCGCACCCUCGAGGCGAUCACGCUCAGCUACACGAAGGCGAACAGUACCAUACUCCACCAUAUCGGACGGAUCGAGUAUCUCCGGUUGCGGAAGGUUUCGCUAAAGUCGUGCUUCGAUCUGAAGGAGAACGACAUACUGUUGCUGGCGCGGCUACAGCCGACGAUCGUGCACCUCAACCUGGACAACACCUUUUCAGCUAGCGAGCAGUUUCUGCAAGCCCUCAGUGCCUUUCUACCGCAGAUGAAACGCAUCAAGCUGCGUGUGGCCCGCAUCAUGAACCUGCACCGGUCGUUUCUGGUGAAUAUGCCGCAGCUGAACUACCUAAAGAUCACCGACACGACGCGCGUGAAAGGCAACCUCGACCUGAGCUCGUACGAAAAUCCGUCCCUCGAGAAGCUGUUCGUCUCGGCGGCCACGUUCUCGCGUAACACGUUGCCCCGCUUUUUCGAGCGUUGUCCAAACAUCCGCAGUCUCACGCUGUACCAGUGCACGUAUGAGAACAUUCACGAUCUGCAGCUCGCUUUCUCGCACCUGAAGGGGCUGGAGUACUUGAACCUGCAGCGUACGUUCGACAUCGGCGACAGCUUCUUCAAUCGGGACGUGUUCGACACGAUCGUUAUGCCAUUCGAGCGUAUUCGGUUCUACCCGAUCGCGAACCUGCGGAAGUUAUGCUACCUCAACUUAAGCCACUGCCGGGAUCUGUCCGAUCAGGCGCUGAUGGCGCUUCGCUUUCCGCUGCUGAAGAAGAUCGAUCUCCGGGGGUUGUACAUCACGGAAGCGGGUAUCGCGACGCUCGUGCGCGAUUGUCCGCAGCUCGAGUACGUGCUGGUGGACGCUUGCAAGCGGAUCUGUGACGACGCCGUGAUGUACCUGUGCCGGGACUUGCGGAAUCUACGGUUGCUGAAUCUCGAGAGCUGCAAGUCGAUCACCGAUCUGUCGGUGGAACAUAUCGAGCGGUACUGCCGCAGUCUGGUCUGGCUGAACGUGGUUAGUUGUCCGCAGCUCAGCGAGGAUGCGAAAGGGCGGCUUAAACGUAUACGCACGUUACGGUCACUGCACGUGUGAGUGCCGGAUCCCGUGGCUGUCUCGAAGUGCAUUCCGGUGCAGCCUCUAGGUGCAAGAACAAUAAUCAAAGCCGCCCCCUUGGGUACAUUUCGAGGGCGCGCGGCAUGAACGAGUGACUUUGGCAAACGAACAAAAAACCGCACACACUUUGGCUGUUGAUUUUUGAACGUGUUACGUCACGAAAUGGCUGCGAAAAAAGUGUAGCAUCGAAGAUAACGACAGAAUGGUGUGCAAAUCGAUGAACUGGAACCUGGGAUGGCUAGCAGAAUUGACCCUUAGUCGUACUUUUAAUAGUAGCUAAUAUUAAAGUAGAUUUUUUUCUGAGAUGUGUUCUAGGGAGGUGUUGUUUUUUCUACUGCGUGCAGCAAGUAAUAAAGCAAUAA